AUGGUACGAAUUAAAAACCGAUACCUUUUGGUCAAUAUCCUCUAUCCGGAACUGGAGAAAGAUUUGGGUAGUAAGGAGAAACUGCCAGAUGUAGUGCUGUUCAAUCAACCAACCGUUGAUGCGCUGAAUCCGCGGGCACUACUAAGGGGAAUCCAGAUGGAAGUUGCGAAUCUAUUUGGAGACUAUGGCAGUGGUGCGAUUGCGGAUAGUAUUGCUGUGAAAUAUUUGUCAUCUGCAACAUCGACAUUCAUUCUACGGGUUUCGCGAGCGCAUUAUAGGAUUGUGUGGGCGGCUUUGUCAUUGAUGAAUAGUUUGCCUAUCAAAAAUGGCAAAAAUUGUGUAUUCAGGGUUGUGAGGGUUAGUGGGACGAUAAGGAAGGCCGAGGAGGAAGCUAUUAGAAGGGCAAGGGAGAUGAUAUUAAAGGCCCGCCGAGACCUAGGGGAACAAAGCGAAUCUACACUGGGGAAGAUGUUUGGCACAAAUAAGGAGACUACUGCGGAAUCCGCGAAAGAUGUCAGGAUGGUGGAUGCGGUCGAUAGUGAUGAAGAUGAUGAAUUAAGUGACGGAAAUGGAUGA